CGCCCACGUCAGCAAAUACCUUUUGUUUCUCUCACGUUGGGGCUACUUGUUUUAGGGCGCAAAGGAACGGCUUCGAGAGGGGUAUUUCCCCUGCGGAGCACCAGGAAUCUUCCCGAAGACCGCGCGCGCGACCCGCCGGUGCGCCGCGGCCCGCGGGCAAUCCUUUAUUCACAGUGUUUGACUUGGAAUCUUCCCUUUUUCACUCCGUUCAAGUGACUCAGCAGGGUUUCAAGAGCAGCAUUUAUACAUUUCCAGAUCUCACUUCCCAUCUGAAAUUCAGAUCAGCAUUUCCAGUGGCCCUCUGGACAUCUCUACCUGAUUUCCCACUCUCCUCAAAUGCAAGCUUCCAGAGCCAAUCAGCUAUCAAGACCCGUGGAUUUAUUUCCCUUUUAAGUCUUUUGCAUCUUUUUCUUCUUUUCCAUUCCUGCCAUCAUCAUCGUGUUGAGGCCACUAGCCACAUUGACAAUUGCCAGAGGGUAACAGUUCGGUCACCUGGAAAUAGCUUGAAUGGAAAUCUCCUCUCAUCAGUCUCACCUCCUGCAACAACUGAAUGAGCAGCGCCGGCAAGAUGUGUUUUGUGAUUGCAGUAUUCUAGUUGAAGGGAAGGUCUUCAAAGCACAUAGAAAUGUACUAUUUGCUAGCAGUGGUUACUUUAAAAUGCUUCUUUCUCAGAAUUCAAAGGAGACAAGUCAGCCAACCACAGCUACAUUUCAGGCUUUCUCCCCUGACACUUUCACAGUUAUCCUGGACUUCGUCUAUUCUGGCAAACUCUCUCUUACUGGUCAGAAUGUCAUAGAAGUGAUGUCAGCUGCCAGCUUCCUUCAGAUGACUGAUGUCAUUAGUGUAUGUAAGACCUUUAUUAAAUCUUCAUUAGACAUUAGUGAGAAAGAAAAGGAUCGCUAUUUCAGUCUCUCUGAUAAAGAUGCCAGUUCUAAUGGUAUAGAACGUUCCUCUUUGUAUAGCAGUAGCUGGCAAAAAGAAAGCAGUUCUCCACAUUCUCACCUAAGCCCAGAUCAAGGAACAGCUGUAAUAAGUGGAAAAUCUUGGAAUAAGUAUAAUUACCAUCCAACCUCCCAAAGGAAUACUCAACAACCCUUGGCCAAGCAUGAACAAAGGAAAGACUCCAUUAAAAAGUCCAAACAUUUGAGGUUGUCACAGCCGUCUGAAAUUGUUCAUUAUAAGUCAAGCAAACGAGAAGCACGAACAUCUGAUUCUUCCAGCCACAUUUCCCAAUCUGAAGAACAAGCACAAGUGGAUGCUGAAGUGGACUCAACUCCGGUCGGCUAUCAGUAUGGUCAGGGAUCUGAUGUCACGUCAAGGAGUUUUCCAGGUGAUCUGCCCAGGAUGCGAUUCAAGUGCCCAUACUGCACACAUGUUGUUAAGCGGAAAGCAGACCUAAAGCGCCACCUUCGUUGUCAUACAGGAGAAAGACCCUAUCCGUGUCAAGCCUGUGGAAAACGAUUUAGCAGGCUAGACCAUCUAAGUAGCCAUUUUCGAACAAUUCAUCAAGCAUGCAAACUAAUCUGCAGGAAAUGCAAACGCCACGUGACUGAUGUAACAGGUCAAGUGGUACAGGAAGGAACCAGGCGCUACAGACUCUGCAAUGAGUGCCUUGCUGAAGUUGGCAUAGACAGCCUCCCCAUUGAUUUGGAAACAGAACAGCACCUCAUGUCCCCAUCAGAUGGAGAUAAGGAUUCCAGAUGGCACUUGAGUGAAGACGAGAAUAGGUCGUAUGUGGAGAUUGUAGAGGAUGGGUCUUCUGAUCUGGUCAUACAACAGGUUGAUGAUAGUGAAGAAGAAGAAGAAAAGGAAAUAAAGCCCAACAUUAGGUAGCUGUCAUGUGAACUGACAAGGCUGGCAUGUCUGCAACUUACAUUGACUUCCUGUGUCUCUCUCUUUCCAUGGUCAGAGUCUGGUUAACAAAUGACCAGACUAACCUGAUAUCAUUUGCAUGCUUCUGAACAGGCCUCUGUAUCCAUUCUGAACUUUGUUGCCCUAACAUAUGUUGCUGCACUGGAAAGAAAAGCCUAGCUUGAGUUGGCAUGAUGAACAAUUAAACCUGUUACUUUUAUUACAGAAAUACCUUUUUGCUUUUAACGUUGGGAGACCUACUUAGCAAAAAAAACAUUCUCAAAAAGUAUUUUAAAUAAAUUUACCACAACCAAAC